UUUCGCUUAAUUUACUUAUUUUUUGUGUGUUGUGAGUAAAAAAAGUGACUAAUAAUGGGUCGUGAACGACGAUUCAUGAACGAUCCAGUUUUUUUGAGUGUUAAUAAAUGGCUCUAAAUGACAUUUCUUUUCUACAUGAUUUCUACAUUGCUGCAUUGGACAAGAGGGCUGUUGUCAACAUUUGGGAUUUUCCAAAAGCAGCCACAUUAAUUUGAGCAUUCAAAAAAAAAACGCGCAGAAAAAGAAAAAGACGCCACAGCCGAAGGAAAAAAUUGCAAUCUAACCAGUUAAACCAACAAACUAAAGUUAAAAGAACAAACAAAAGCAAUACAUCCGUAUAAGGGCCAUGGCACUCCUACGUACUAAGCACGCCAACCGCAAUCACUUGCCGGCAUUAAUGAGCAAUGUGCCGGAGGAUCACCAUGAGCGAAUUAAAAAUAUGUGCCUUAAAAUGAUGUCCCAUGAUGCCUAUGGACAGCCCUACGAAUGGAGCUCUCGCGACUUCGAAAUGGGUGCUCACUUGGGGAGAGGAAAAUUCGGUCGCGUCUAUUUGGCCCGAGAGCGCUACUCGCAUUAUUUGGUGGCGAUGAAAGUGAUGUUCAAGGAGGAGCUACGCAAGGGAAAUGUUCAGCGCCAGGUGCUGCGUGAGAUAGAGAUCCAGUCGCGACUCAAGCAUCCCCAUAUCUUGCGACUUUUGACAUGGUUUCACGACGAGAACCGUAUCUACCUGGCCCUGGAGAUCGCCUCGGAGGGAGAACUGUUCAAGCAUCUCCGUUCAGCUCCCAAUAAUCGGUUCGAUGAGCCGCGGUCUGCCAAAUACACCUACCAGGUGGCUAAUGCCCUCAACUAUUGUCAUCUGAACAACGUCAUUCACAGAGACUUGAAGCCUGAGAACAUUUUAUUGACGGGCACAGACGAUCUAAAGCUGGCCGACUUUGGCUGGUCUGCCCACACGCCCAACAACAAGCGCAGAACCCUUUGUGGAACCCUGGACUACCUGCCGCCAGAAAUGGUGGAUGGAAAUAGCUACGAUGAUACUAUCGAUCAAUGGUGCUUGGGGAUUCUGUGCUAUGAGUUCUUGGUGGGCGCCCCGCCCUUCGAGUCGAGCAACACGGAGAACACUUACAGCAAGAUCAGGCGGGUCGAGAUCCAAUACCCCCCGCACUUAUCCAAAGGCAGCAAGGAACUGAUCGCUGGACUGCUACGAAAGGAGAGUAAGGGCCGGAUCUCAUUAGUGGAUGUGAUGACCCAUCCUUGGGUUAAAGAGGGCAUGGCCGAGAGGGAUGCACAACUGCAGCUGAACGAGCGCGGCAAGGAAAACAUGGCUAAAAAUUAGAAUGCAUUUUGCGAAAUAACAUACUUGUUUAUUAUUAUUAUAAAAUAAUUUCUUCAUUUCUA